AGGUUUAGUUUGGUGUCGCUAUGUUCUGGGGCAUCUGUGUGGGAUGCUUGAGUAUUGAUUUUUCUGGGCUCGCUACCUACACAAUAGAAAAGCGAAGUUCGUGUCUAAUAAGUAGAUUCAUUUGAAAUAGGGAGAAAGUGAUUCAGCUUUUUUGCUUAAACUUGGAUCAAUAAAAAAUUUUUUGUAUCAAAUUUGUCAUACUUUCGUAUGAUGCAUGUUUACUUUGUAGGGUGUUUGGUUUUAAUUGGAGUAUACUGAGCGUGUUAACUAUAGGCGUGCGAGUUACGCUGCUAACCCUCAGUUUGUACUCCAAUGGUCCUGGAGGUGAGGUGCCGCGAACAGGACCACGACACCGACUUUGACAUCAUGAACGCCGCCGUUAGCACAGAGUCUAUGGAUAUGGCAGAGGAGAGCUCUUCGCAGGAUAUGUCCCAGGUGGACGGGUGCGGGCUAAGCGGCGCGUCCGACGACGACGACGACUGCGCGUCGUCGCCGGCCGGCUCCAACUACGACGACAGCGCCGACAUCAUCAAGAACGCGAUGAGCGACGAGGUCACCAAGCAGCUCGCCGCCGCUGGACCUGUGGGCAUGGCCGCCGCUGCCGCUAUCGCGUCGUCCAAGAAACGCAAGCGGCCGCACUCGUUUGAAACAAACCCGUCCGUCAGAAAACGACACCAGAACAGAUUGCUCAGGAAACUUAGACAAACGAUAGAAGAGUUCGCGACCCGCGUGGGGCAGCAGGCGGUGGUGCUGGUGGCGACGCCGGGCAAGCCCAACACGUCGUACCGCGUGUUCGGCGCCAAGCCGCUCGAGGACGUGGUGCGCAACCUGCGCUGCAUGAUCAUGGAGGAGCUGGAGAACGCGCUCGCCCAGCAGUUCGGGCUGGGCGGGUGCCCGCAGGCGCCGCCGCCGCCGCAGGACGACCCGUCGCUGUUCGAGCUGCCGCCGCUCAUCAUCGACGGCAUCCCCACGCCCGUCGAGAAGAUGACGCAGGCCCAGCUGCGCGCCUUCAUACCGCUCAUGCUCAAGUACUCCAUGGUGCGCGGCAAGCCGGGCUGGGGCCGCGAGUCGACGCGGCCGCCGUGGUGGCCCAAGGACCUGCCGUGGGCCAACGUGCGUAUGGACGCGCGCUCCGAGGACGAGAAGCAGAAGAUGUCAUGGACGCACGCGUUGCGACAGAUUGUGAUAAACUGCUACAAGUACCACGGCAGGGAGGAUCUGCUGCCUGCGUUUACUGAGGACGACGAGAAGGGACCGCCCACACAGCCCAUAUCGGCGUGCAUGCCGCCAGGGGGCGCGGGCGGCGGCUCGGGGUCGUCCCAGGGCGCCUCGAGCGCGGGCGCCGCCUCGGGCUCGGGCGCGCCGGGCUCGCGCGCCGCGCCGCACGCGGUGCUCGCCUCGCAGCAAGUCUGCAUCGACCAGAUGACGCUCGCUGAUGUCGAUAUGUCGCAGUAUGCGCCGGCGGUGCUGCAGACCAUCACCAACCCGGACGGCACGGUGUCGCUCAUACAGGUCGACCCCAACAACCCCAUCAUCACGCUGCCAGACGGGACCACCGCACAAGUCAUCCACAGCGGGGAGGCGGGCGGAGGCGUGGGCGUGGUGCAGGCGCUGGAGGGCGAGGGCGCGGUGGCCGUGGACCUCAACGCGGUCGCGGAGGCCACGCUCAACCACGACGGACAGAUCAUACUCACCGGCGAGGACGGACACGGUUACCCAGUGUCAGUGUCGGGCGUGAUCACGGUGCCGGUGUCGGCGUCCGUGUACCAGUCCAUGGUGGCCUCCAUGCAGCAGCAGGACGGCGUGUGCGUCGCGCCGCUCGUACAGGUAGAACAGAACGGCGAAGCGCUGGAGGCGAUAUCGAUGGGCGGCGGCGUGGCCCAGGUGAUGCUGCAGGGCGGCGGCGAGGCGCAAGUACUGCAGGUCCUCAGUCUUAAGGACGCCACUGUGCUCACCAAGGCCAUGCAGCAAGUGAAAGCGGAGCGGGACGCCGUGGUGGCCGACUCCUAGCUGCUAACGUUGGUGGCGACUUCCCCGCCACAAGAGGCCUCGCCCGACUGCCCCGACCUGCUCACCGAGAGGGCAUAGCACCCGCGCCCACCACGGUACAUUCUCCGCGACGCGUUCCUACACGACACGUGUAAGGAGGAGCCCGCUUCAUGAAGAGUGUACUGCUACAUCUUAAUCACUAUAACACUGUACAAUGCGAUCAUUAUAAGAUUGGGAAAUGACCUUUGACCAGGGCCGUAGCUAGACCUAAAUUUAAGGUAGGGCAAAAGAACUUUUUGGUCGGGCAGAAGUCAUAAUUAGGUGAUUUUGAAAAAGCGAAUUUGUCUUAUUUUUUUUGGGGCCUAUCAUUUUAAGGUAAGGCACUGUCGCUCAAUGCCCCUCUCCCCCCAGCUACGGCCAUACUUCGGACAUUGUUAUCUUUAACUCUCCAAAUAAUCCGGCUAAUAGGAUGAGCGAAAAAAUCCUCCAUAUCCGUAAUCCGUAUUUCUACCCUUAUUCCAAUUAUAUAAAUUUUGGAAUCGGCGUAACAGCACGGAAGGAAAAAAGAAAGGGACAUGAGCGAAAAAUUUUGGCAUUUUUUUUUAAAUCCUGAAUUUAAUAUUUCAAGUAAUAUUUCCAUGUAAAUAUUUUUUUUAUAAGUUAUCUUAUUGUGAUCGCAUUACACAUAUAGUUUACAAACUGUAAGUAGGUACACAUUUUCUCAAUUAUUUUACUUCUCGUACGUGACGAAUAUUGUGUAGUUUUUUUUUUAUAAUUAAAAGUAAUAAUUCUAAAUUGGUGUUAAUGAUGUUUAAUUAUAAUAGAUUCGCAAGUUGAUAAUCUAUCUCUAUUGUAAGUAAUCUAUUGAGAAAAUGUGAACUAGAUGUAGUGAAUGCUACGAGCACCACCUACUUCAUCGGAUGUGUCGGCUGUGUGCGAGGUGUAAUUAAAAUUUAGUUGUAUAGCAAAAUGUCCAGUGAUCUUUUCAGUGAUUUCAGAGUGAUUUUAGUCUGGAUACUAUGCAAUUUACUAUAGAAUAAAUUAUUUAAUUCUGGUCUGGUCAUUAUGUUGCCAUAAAUUAUUUUUAAUUUACUAGAUUAAUUUAUUUUUUAAACAAAUCGUUGUCACAGGAUCAGAUUUGUGCAAUAUACAAUUAUUCGGAAAUAAUAUUUAAAUAAAGUACUUAUUAUAAUUUUUUUGUACAGUUUUCAAGUAGUAAUUUUUAAUUGAAAGUAUAGAAAUAUAUUCGCAAUUUUACAUGCAUAUUUAUUAUGAUUAAUACAUUCCUUAAUUUUAUUUAUUUAAGAAUUUGUUGUGGAAAAUUGUUGUUUGUUUAAUUUAUUUAAUGGAUUAUGUUUGUUACUCUUGUCACGUAUUCUAGUCGCACGAAGAGUACUCUUGUUACUCUUGCCAAGUAUCCUAGUCACAAGCAGAGUACUCUAGUCUUACAAAGUAAUGUAAAGAAAGUAUUUCAAAAUACAAUUUUACCAAGUAACGUAAUUCCGUGUAAGUUUUGUAUUAUACCUAACUAGAUGAAUUAUUUAAUGUAAUAAAAUAGUCCAUUGUAUUGUAUAUUCAUGAAAAAAACAAUGAGAAUAAUUAUAUUUCGUGCGCAGGGUUGUAUUACAGUAUGAAAUUAGUACCUAUGAAUGUUUAAUGAAAAGCUAAUGUGUAUAGAUGUAACUUCAAAUUUAGCUAUAUAUCUGUACCAUAUAGAAAUCUGGGAUUUUAGAUCUGUUUAGAGUCGUUUCAACGUCUACCAUUGGCAAUUUUUAAUUGAAAAUUCGCGUUAAACGUUAAUAUUAAUUACGAUGAUAUAAUUGGGACUAGCUUGUAAGGUAGAAGUCAUAGAAGAGUACAAAGUGAGCAAGUAAUAUACAUAUAUAUAUAUAUAUAUACGAAAUGUUUAUUUAUUCAUUGAAAAGACAAGAAACGAGUAUUAUUUUGAUUUUGUUGGUUGACUUCUGUAUUAUUUUAUUUUAAUGUUUAUUUUUAUUUGACCAAAGAGAUUGUGUUUUAUCCUUUAUAACAUAGAAAUAUAAAGCACAAUUUUGUUGUUAAGUACAAUGACUUGUGAUUGUAAAUAAUGGUAUGAAUGUGUGAAUAUUGCAAUCAUUAAACUAUUUACGGUAA